UGUGCCCCCCCCCCCCAUUUUGGUGUUCACCUCGUGUCCCCCCCCAUUUUGGGGUUCACCCUGUGCCCUCCCCCCCCAUUCUGUUGCUCACCCUGUGUCCCCCAUCCCUAUUUUGGUGUUCACCCCCUGCCCUCCCCCCCCAUUUUGGGGUUCACCCCGUGUCUCCCCCCAUUUUGGGGUUCACCCCGUGUCCCCCCAUCCCCAUUUUGGUGUUCACCCCAUGCCCCCCCCCGUUUUGGGGCUCACCCCGUGCCCCCCCUGUCCCCCACAGGCCGCCUGGGCGAGCGCCUGUCCCUGUGCCGGGCCGGGUGGCUCCGGGCCCCGGGGGGGUUCGUGGCCACCUACACGCACGGGUGGGUCCCCCCCGGCCCCCCCGUGGCCAUGGGCACCUACGGGGCUCUGGUGGCCUGCGGGGGGCCCGGCUCGGGGCCCCCCCCGGCGGAGCUGCGGGAGUUGGGGCGCAGGGUGGCCCAGCACGUGGUGGGGUUGGCGCCCACCGCGCUGGGGACCCCCGAGGACGAGCUGGGGGGGGACGGGGAGACGCGGCUGCUGGCACAGGGGACCCUCCUGGAGCCGGGGGUGCCCCUGGGCCGGUACCUGCGGGACCGGGGGGGGCUCCAGGUCUGGGACUUCCUGCGCUUCCAGUGCGGGGAGGAGCCCUCCGAGGAGCCCCCCCGGGACCCCCCCGCGUCGCCGGCAUGAGGGGGUGUGGCUCGGCCCCUCCUCCGGAGCCAGUUUGGGGGGCCCCGCCCAGAUUUGGGGGGGAUGAAGCUGAAUAAAGGUGUGAAGGAACGA